UAAUAGAAUGAGAGGGAAAUAAUAUUAUUUCAAAAUUUAUCAGGAAAAACUCUAGAACCCCAUUAACUUCUUUCAACCGCCGGUGACUCUCGCCGUCCGAUCUCAACCGCCGGCCGGUUAUGUUUAUUGGGUUUAAUAUGGAGCAAAAACCGGAUCUUUAUUGUAGUUUCAAAACGCUACAUUACUGCUAUGUAUUCUUUGACAUGGAUUCAACUGCACAAAACCGCUUUCACUCGAUUAAGCUGUGGCCUCCAAGCCAAGGCACGAGGCAAAUACUUGUGGAACGCAUAACCAUAACCCUCACCACCCCAUCCAUUUUGUCCAGAAAGUAUGGUCUUUUAAGCAAGGAAGAAGCCCAAGAAGAUGCUAAGAGAAUCGAAGCCGCAGCCUUUGAAACAGCAAACCAACACUUUGAAAAGGAGCCAGAUGGUGAUGGCGGUUCUGCUGUUCAACUUUAUGCUAAACAAUCCAGUACGCUAAUAACGGAGGCUGUAAAAAGAGGCCCCAGAGUAAAACAAGAACAAGAGGAAAUUACGUUCGAACCGAUUGCACCAGAAAACAAAAAAGUUGUUUUUGACAUUUCCAAAGGAAAAAGAGGCUUCAUUGAUGCAGAUGAAGCUAAAGACCUGCUAAAACCGCUACAAGAACCUGGAAACAAGUAUACCAAGAUAUGUUUUAGCAACCGAAGCUUCGGGUUGGAUGCAGCGCGUAUUGCUGCUCCUAUUUUGGCCUCUCUAAAGGGUCAACUCACUGAAGUUGACUUAUCAGAUUUUGUUGCUGGUAGGCCAGAAGACGAGGCCCUGGAAGUUAUGAAAAUGUUCUCAGCGGCCCUUAAAGGUUUCGACUUGCGGUAUUUGGACAUUUCAGAUAACGCAUUGGGUGAAAAAGGAGUUAGGGCAUUUAGUGAGCUUUUAAGUUCACAAAGUAACCUCGAGGAGUUGUAUUUAAAGAACUACUGUAUCUCACCAGAACAAGCUCCAAAAGCGGUGGUCGAGUUAAUUCCUUCCACACAGAAACUAAAAAUUCUUCAUUUUCAAAAUUAUCGGACUUCCUAUGAAGGAGCAAUUGUGAUUUCCGAACUUUUAAAGAAAUCCCCGAUCUUGGAGGACUUUAGGUGUUCGGCCACUUGGGUCUGUUCUGAAGGUGGAAUUGCUUUAUCAGAAGCACUCGCCACAUGUACCGGUUUGAAGAAACUCGAUCUUAGUCUUAAUAACUUUGGUGUAGAAGCUGGGAUUGCUUUGUCAGAAGCACUCGCCACAUGUACCGGUUUGAAGAAACUCAAUCUUAGUUUUAAUGAGUUCGGUGUAGAAGCUGGGAUUGCUUUGAGUAAAACCAUUUCUUUACUCACUAAUGUGACUGAAAUUUACCUCAGUUACUUAAACUUGAAAAACGAAGGAAGUUUAGCGCUUGUUAACGCUCUCAAAGAUUCCGCUAAGUUUCUAGAAGUUGUGGAAUUGGCGGUAAACGGAAUUACCGCAGAAGCAGCUUCUGGUUUGGCUGAAUUUAUCGUUGCAAGAAAAGAGUCGUUGGUUAAGAUACUUUUGUCAGAGAAUGAAUUGAAGGAUGAAAGUGCUAUAAAAAUUGCUAAGGCCCUUGAAGAAGACUUUCCACGGUUGACUGAAGUUGACUUGAGCUUCAAUAUGAUUAGAAGGGCUGGAGCUAAGGUUUUGGCUCAGGCGGUUGUCAGUAAACCAGGGUUUAAGGUGCUUAACAUUAACGGUAAUUACAUAUCUGAUGAAGGCGUUGAAGACGUGAUAGAGAUUUUCAAGAAUUCACCUGAUUUGCUUGGACCGUUGGAUGAUAACUUGGGUGAUAAUAAUGACCCUGAAGGAGAAGAGUUCGAUAAUGAGGACGAGGAUGCUGACGAGGAUAAGCAGGAUGAAUAGAGGUCACAUUUUAGGUAUGAUCGUUUAUCUAGUUUACGUUUCUUAUGACUUAACGUAUUUAGAAGACAAUCAUAAAUCCUUUUUUUGGGUUAAGGUAAGGAUGUAUGACUUGUUUUGUAUUGGCAUUUGGAUUUAUGAAUCCUUUGCUGUUUUGGGUAUGUUUUUUUUAAUUGCA